GAGCAAGCGGGAAAGGGCAGUCAAAUUGUCCUCCAAACCCACCCACCGUUUUAAUUGUAUCUCAAUUUAUUUCUGGUUCUCUGUUUAGAUUGUAAAAUAAUUUCAAGGGUGUGUACUUCAUACCAUCUGCUUUUAGAGGCGAGUAGUGUAGGUCGAGUGAUCACAACUUCGAGCUGGAAGCACUCAAGUAGAUAGGACACCCGAAAAUGAAGGCAGCUGAUGAGCCUGCCUAUCUUACAGUGGGGACAGAUGUUAGUGCCAAGUACCGUGGUGCCUUCUGCGAGGCAAAGAUUAAGACCGUGAAGCGACUGGUAAAGGUUAAGGUGCUCUUUAAACAUGACAAUUCAACGCAAGUUGUCCAGGAUGACCAAGUAAAGGGUCCUUUAAGAAUUGGAGCAUCAGUUGAGGUGAAAGGAUGUGAUGGUUCUCAUCAAGAGGCUGCCAUCAAUAAACUCACAGAUGCAAGCUGGUAUACAGUAGUGUUUGAUGAUGGUGAUGAAAGGACGCUUCGCCGUACAUCUCUAUGCCUGAAAGGAGAGCGACAUUUUGCUGAGAGUGAGACCCUUGACCAAUUACCACUUACAAACCCGGAGCACUUUGGCACACCAGUAAUUGGGAAGAAAACAAACCGAGGCAGGAGAUCAUCAUCUGCUCCUGUACCUGAAGAUGAAAAGGAAGAGGAAUCGAGUGAAGAGGAGGAUGAUGAUAAACGACGUCUUAAUGAUGAACUUUUGGGCAAAGUCGUUUACGUAGAUUGCAAUGGGGAUAAAAUAAAAGGCUGGUAUCCAGCUUUGGUGCUGUCUCCAAGCUGCAGUGAUGAAAUCACUGUGAAAAAGGACCAGUGUUUAGUACGGUCUUUUGCCGAUUCCAAAUUCUAUCCCAUAGCCAGAAAGGAUAUAAGGGAGCUUGAUUGGGACAAAGUUUCAAAAACAGACCUGGUCAUUAAACAAGCACUUGAAGAAGCUCUCAAAUUCCACCAGCAACGGAUUGUUCCUGAGAGCUGGAAAGUAGACAUGAGUGUCAUUUUAGAAUCCUCAAGUAGUGAUGAAGAGGAAGAGGAGAUAGAGAAUGACGAAGAACAUGAAGAAAAGAAACACGAGGUAGAGGAGGAGCAGGAUCCAGAAGAGAGAGCUAAUUUCUUGCAACAGCUGUACAAGUUCAUGGAGGAUAGGGGAACACCCAUCAAUAAACCACCAGUACUCGGCUACAAGGAUCUGAAUCUUUUCAAGCUCUUCAGACUGGUUUAUCAACAUGGUGGAUGUGACAAUAUUGACAGUGGCUCUGUGUGGAAACAAAUCUACAUGGAUCUGGGUAUUCCAAUUCUGAACACUGCUGCCUCUUAUAAUGUAAAAACAGCAUAUAAGAAGUACUUGUAUGGCUUUGAAGAAUACUGUCGUGCAGCUGAUCUUCUCUUCAGGACCAUUCACCACAUGGAACCCAAAGGAAUAACAUUAGAGAUUCAUGAAGAAAAUGGAGCAUAUAAUCCGAAGAAAGUACCUAUCGAUUUAGCUGAAGAAACUGAAUUUGAGAAAAACGAUGAGGCUGAAAAUGAAAAAGACGAAAAAGAAGCAAGAUCUCCAAGAGGUCGGAGGAGAAAUGCAACGCCAGUCAAAAAAGAAAUCAAAGAGAUCAGUGGAGAAGAAAAGCUGAAUGAGGAACAUAAUAAAGAAUAUAAGGAGUCAAAGGAAGAUUCUAAUAAAAAGGAGAAAGAAAUGGAUGCAGCACAGGAGAAAAAUACACCCACACCCAAAAAUAGAGCAGAGAGGAAUAAGAAAGAUGACUCUGAAAAGAAAUGUGAGCAUGAGGAGGAAGGUGAUGAAGAGAGGGAAGAAAACGAAGUGGAAAGGCAAAGCAAAGAAGAUGAAAAUAAAAAGGAAGAUGGGAAUGAGGAGGAAGAUGGGGAUGAGGAGGAAGAGGAUGAUGAAGGGGAGGAGGAAGAGGAGGAGGAGGAAGACGAAGACGAAGAUAAUGAAUUUGAAAGGUUUCCUUCUGGAAGCAAAGUAAAAGUAAAAUAUGGACGUGGGAAAAAUCAGAAAAUCUACGAAGCCAAUAUUAGAAAAUCUGAAGUUGACGAUGGAGAGGUCAUCUAUUUGGUACAUUACUAUGGCUGGAAUACAAGGUAUGAUGAAUGGGUAAAGGGUGAUCGAAUUAUCUGGCCUUCUGAAAAAGGUGCCCCAAAGGGAAAACAUAGAAGAAAAUUGAAGAGUAACCAGGACCAAGAAAAGAGGGAGAGAAAUGAAGAUAAGCACAAUAAAUUAAAACGUGGCCGCCCUAGUUUGAAAUCCACGCCGACUUCCAAUUCUCCGAGGAGUUUAUCGAGGACUCCAGGCUCCGAUGGGAAAAGUGGGACCAGAAGUGUGCGGAGUAAUGCAUCGGAAUCUCCACCCCUUCUCAAUGGAGUGGAAGGUUUUCCUCGCAGACGCACCAGGCGUAGCUCUGGGAUAUAUGAUUCGGACAAAGCAUCAAAUGAGUCUACCAACUCUUCAGAUGAAAGUGAAUUGGACGCCUCAGCCAGCAAAUCGGUAAGAGAGGAAAAUAUUUCCAUAAAAGAUGAAGACGAGAAACCAGAGGGAAAGAGACUCAAAGAUAGUUGUGUGCAAGAGGACAAAAAGUUACCGUGUGAUGAUGAUGUGAAAGACAUACCUGUGAAGCAGGAGGUAGAAAAUACGCAACCUUUGUGCAAUGAUGAGAAAGUGUUAUCUCCAGCUGAAGAUGUUCGUAAAGAAUUGAUGGACAGAUCCCCCAAAGGCAAAGGAAGAAGAAGUUGUAGAACACGAGAUAUUUAUUCCGAAAUUAACAAGCCUGCCCUUGCAAAUCACACGGAAACAGUGAGUGAGAGUGAACAAAACACAGAAAAAAUGGAAAGCUCGGAGGACAACCAGUCAGUGACCCCUAAUGCUCCUGAAGAAGAAAUUCCAGUUCUUGAUACUGGAUUGUCGAAUGCACUUGUCGAUGACGAGAAGAAACCAGGAAAGAGAAAAUCUCCAGAGCAAUUAACACCUGAUAAAAGGUUUCGGAGGGAAAGUGAAGAGAAAAUGCAAAUUGUGAAAAAUGAAGAUACUGAGAAAAAGGAGAUCUUUAGAAGUGAAUAUAAGGAAUAUAAAAUGAUUGAAAGGUUGGAACUUGAAAAUGGUGAUGUUUCUCCAUCUGAGAUGGAAACAGUGAAGUGCAUAAAACAAGAAUUGGAAGCUCCCUGUUUAGAAAUUGAAGAGGACAUUUCAUUGAAAACUGAUGAAGAUACAAUGCCUCCGAUUGGACCCGAAGCUUUACUUUGUCAUGAGGUAGAUUUGGAUGACUUGGAUGAGAAAGAAAAAAGCAGCAGUGAAGAUAUAGGAGCAGGCAUCUCAAGAUCUAAUUCUCCUGAAUUAGUCAUAGCAGUUUUGUCAACUUCAAUGCAGCAAGUUUUGCCGAUCACUUCUACAAAUCCUGUUCAUCAGGAUGAAGUUCACAGUGUGAAGAGCGAAAGUGAUAUCACCAUUGAAGUGGAUAGUGUUGCAGGAGAAUCACAGGAAGGAUUAUGUGAGAGCGAGUCUGUCAAUGGGUUUGAUGCCAGUAUGAGCUCGAGCAGCAGCAUCAUCGUACAAGAAGUUGAGAGCAAGGAUAAAGGUCAGAAAAGAAUAAACGACAGCAACAAUGGGACACCUGCCAAGAAACAAAAGCGUAGUCACAAACGGUCAAAUGUGUCCAGUAAGAAUGAAAAGAAUGGAACUGGCAACAGCAGCGAUAGUGAGGACUUACCAGUCUCGGACAACUCCAAUAAAUGCACUCCAGUGAAGACUUCAAAUAAGUCUCAAAAACUUGGCAGGUCCCCAUCAAGAUUGACGUCUCCCAACAGUAAAGAUGGGGACAAGGACAAAGAAAAAGAUGGAAUAGAUGGUACAUCACCCAGAACUUAUAAAUGGAGCUUCCAGCUUGCCGACUUGAACAAUCUGACGAGCACUGAAAGGAUAGCUUUUCUACAGGACAAGUUACAGGAGAUCAGAAAAUACUACACGUCUUUGAAAUCUGAAGUAGCAUCCAUAGACAGGAGGAGAAAACGAUUAAAAAAGAAAGAACGAGAAGUUACACCUGCAGCUCCAGGUACAUCCUCAGCUUCUUCAGAAACUGGAAUGAGUCCCACUUCCUCUUCACCAGCCCAAAACAGUGUGGCAGUAGAGUGCAGGUGAUGAUGACCCUUCCCUACCCGUUCCCCAGCAGCCUGCUGCCACGACACAAGUGCUAAAAAAAAACCCUGGAACAUUAGCAUAGGAAGCACUCAGCUGAUUGGACUUGUGCAUUAUCAGUAGGAUUCAAGCAAAAGUUUCCCACUCUGCCUGGUUAAUUUCUAGUUCCUUUAGCACUGCAAGGCACGGAGUUGAAUGUAAUUUGGAGAUGAGACGAGCUUCACUGAUGACUACUGUCCACUCUUAUUACAUGAAAUGGCACUUUGUGGAAGCCUCUCGGUGACUGAAUGAAAUGAAUGUGUGACCACCUUCCUCUGAAGACAUUUGCAGAACAUUAACUGCAACAGGGAAAAAAAUGGCCUUGCCGGUAAUGGAACGGAAGGUGCCUUGUACGAGCCCAGUCAGCUCAGUUCAUAGGUUGGGUUAGUGGUUCCAGUUCAGUCUUAGUUGUGGGAGCAUUAGCUAUGUUGAACUGCCAAAGUACACGGUGAGCAGAGUGCCCUAUUUUGUGUAAUUUGGAAAUGGGACAAAAUAGGUUGUUACAGGAAAUCUAGUGUAUUGAAAACUGAAACUGUAAUGAAAAAGUCUUCCGCUAUUUUGCUGUUGGAUUUUGAGCACAGUUAUGCAAAUGAGAUUUCUUAUUUAAAUUUUGUAAUGUUUACAGUCAUCGGAGUAGUUGGUUUUCAGUAGACUAAUUUCCAUAGCAAGACUAUUUUGUCUCUUUUUAUAUGUAAUUGCAGAGUUUUUAUUUUAUUACAAAAAAAGUUUCAAAUAUAUCACAACAAUGAAGUUAUUUAACAAAAAUUUCUAGACCUGAAGAGUUUUGUGUAAAAUAAAAAAAUGUAUUAUCUUGCAACUUGUGAAGUAUAUUUAUUCAGACAAGGCAAUGGACAUAAUACUUGUAUUUUUUAUGUAUUUUUAAAACAAGAAAGAAAGAUAUUUUCAGACUUAGUUCAGUUUUCCAGGUUUGUUCGUUUUAAUUUACAAGAUGUUACAAACCUUGAAUUACAAUUUCAGUCAUUUCAAAAGCAGGUUCGCUUUCUUAAAUUACGUAUCCCGUAGAGUCCAGUUGGCUAGCUUUGUGGUCACACUGCCUAAUGGUAAAAUGUACAUUAUUUGCCCUGUUCAACAAAGUUGGCUGGUAAAACCUUAUAACUAUGCCAAGUUGUCUACUACCUUAAAUUCAACUGCAAUGUUUGGGAAAAUAAAGUAGCACAACUACAAGAAAUGACGGUAACCAUUAGGUGGCUGUGUAGUAUUUCCAAGCCAUGGGUAUAGCCAUGGUGCCUCCAUUGCAUACUUUGUAUAUAUCAACUCUUCCAGAACCAUGUAUUUAAAGAUACAGUUUGCACAUGUAUUGUGUACAGAUGUGAUUAUUUUAUCAAUUUUUACCCAUAUGUACUGUACAUUGUAAGGAAUUGGUGUCCCUUCCCAAUGUUUAAUAAUACUGUAGAGUUAUAGUGUGAAUGCUCUAGACUGUUUGUAUAUUAUGAUACUGUGGUUCAGAACAGCAGUGGGCCUGAGGUGGAUUGUAAUAGUAUUCCAUAGAACUGCUAACAAAUCAAUGUCCAUUCAUUUUAUGUUUGAGAUUUUCUUUUGUAUUUCUUGACAGCGUGAAAUUGUAGUAGUUAUUACAAUGGAUUAUUUUCUUCCACGUAUAGGGGAAGAGAAUAAUUUGACAAUGGCUUAACUUUCUAAAAGCAGAGCAUUUUUUUUUCUCUCCACUUGCAAAGCUGGUGUAUCGUAAUGUGAAAUAAAAUGGAGCUCCGUACAGAGUUUAAUAAAGGCCAAGUUUUAAGAAA